AGGAGGGUCGUACUCAUGCGCGGGCAUUGUGUCAAUAAGUUAUCUUUUUAUGUAUUUUUUUCAACGAGUUGAAUGGAAAACGUAAUGACGUAAGCGUGUACAUUUUAGUACACUGAGCGGUAGAGAUUUAUUUACCAAGGGUAUUUUUUAGUAAUUGACUACCGAAGCAGUGCGCGGUGAAGUGCAGCUCUCUGGUCUCCGUGCUGAAGUGCGCGCGAAACUGAAAUUGAUUCAUAAUAAUUACUCGGGAUUCAUUGUGGAAUGGCAACUGCAUCGAAUGGAACAAACUUCACGGGGAACUUAACGAACCAAUUUGUCCAGCCACCCUGGCGCGUCGCCCUCUGGUCGGUGGCAUACAGCACCAUUCUGGCUGUGGCGGUCUUUGGAAACCUGAUUGUGAUAUGGAUAAUACUGGCCCACAAGAGAAUGCGCACAGUAACAAAUUACUUUUUGCUCAAUUUGGCAUUUUCUGACGCAUCCAUGGCAGCCUUCAAUACUCUUAUUAAUUUCGUGUACGCCACACAUGGUGAUUGGUACUUCGGGGAAUCAUAUUGCAAAUUCCACAACUUCUUCCCAGUGACUUCUGUUUUUGCAAGCAUCUACUCAAUGACGGCAAUCGCCGUGGACAGAUACAUGGCCAUCAUCCAUCCGCUGAAGCCGCGGCUGUCGGCCAAAGCCACGAGAGGGGUGAUCGUGUGCAUCUGGGUGCUGGCGGUGGCGCUGGCCUUCCCCCUCUGCUACUACUCCACCAUCAGGGUGAUGCCCAAGAGGACGCUCUGCUAUCCCGCCUGGCCUCGCUACCAGAAGGACUCCGUCAUGUAUCAUAUCAUUGUGACUGUGCUGGUGUAUGUUCUGCCUCUGGGAGUGAUGGCAAUCACCUACACCAUAGUUGGCGUGACCCUGUGGGGUGGAGAGAUCCCUGGAGACACAUCAGACAACUACCAUGGUCAACUUCGAGCCAAGAGAAAGGUGGUGAAGAUGAUGAUCAUUGUGGUGGUGACUUUUGCCAUCUGCUGGCUGCCGUACCACAUCUACUUCCUGGUCACUGGUCUGAACAGGGCGGUGACGCGGUCCAAGUACAUCCAGCAGGUGUACCUGUCCGUCAUGUGGCUGGCCAUGAGCUCCACCAUGUAUAACCCCAUCAUCUACUGCUGCCUCAACAGCAGAUUCCGUGCUGGCUUUAAGAGGGCCUUCAGCUGGUGCCCGUUCGUGCGUGUCUCCAGCUACGACGAGCUGGAGCUGCGGGCCACGCGGCUGCACCCGACGCGCCAGAGCAGCAUGUACACGCUCUCCCGCAUGGAGACCAGCAUGGUGGUCAUGUACGAGUCAGGCGAGGCCAAGCAGGGUGGCCGCAAGGCCGCACCACCCUCCCGGCACUCCAACAACGGCUGCACCGGGGACAGCUCCACGGGGAGGGCGGUGAUCUACUCCGCUCCCUCCUCCGCCCAGCAGCAAGAGGAGGAGGAGGACUUCUCCUGAGGAAAGAGAGGAGAGAGAGCUGAGUGGAGAUUAUUUUCACUGGAAUUGACAGGGUGUGAUGUCCUUUUUUAAAAAUGUUGAGGUGUGGGUAUUCAAAUGAGCUGUUGUAUCAUGAAGGCAUGACACAUUUUUG